GAACACUAAUUUCAACAAUUUCAAGGAAACAGCAAAAUAAAGAAAAUUUGGCAUUAAUAUUUCUUUAUGCUCUACUUUAGAUUCUGGGAAAUUGGUAUCAUUUUCUUGUGAAAGCACAGACAAAGGAGAACGGCAAAAAGCAAAAUCAAAUACUAAUUGACAUCUCUUAACAGCAUUUCCCUUUUUGCUUCAUUAGCAGAGAAUCUUUGAACUCGCUAAGAGCUUAUUCCCAGUAUGCCGGAGAAAGUGGUAAGCUUAGCACCAUCAACAAACCCAUCAUGGCGUUUCCUGUUAAAUCCUUUGGUUCAAUGGCGGUUUCAUGUACUAACAGCUCUGGUUUUUGUUGGCAUGGUUGGUGUUUGGAGCAUAGAUGGGUGCAGUAUAAAAAAUUUCAUUGAGUCAUGGAGGUUCAGGCAAGAGUUUCUAAGCAGGAGAUUUAACGCACAGCCUGCAAAAGCCACAAAUCUAACCCAAGAAAUCCAAAAUUUCACAGACGCAAACGCCACCGAUUACCCGUUACCCCACCUCAAUAAUACCCCUACUACUACUAACAGCAGCAGUCCUGCGAAUUACAGUAUACUGAACAACGACGCUAACGGUGUUUCUUCUCAGAAUUAUUCAGAUGGGUUUCUGGAUAAGCUAACUGAGAAAGAAUCAGAAGCAGCUAAAGUGAACUGGGUGUCAACUGAUUUGAAACCAAAUUUCAAGCCGAAUAAGAAUGAAUCAGAAGCUAAUGUACAGUGGAUAUCUACCAAAUUAGAUCCGCAUUUAACUUCAAACCUUCUUUCCCGGUGGCUAGCUCCUGGUGGUGAGCCUUGCAGAGACUCCCGCACAGUGGACAUUGUGAUUCCCCGAUUAGACGGGCACGAUUCUGUUGAGUUGACUGCUGGGAACAGUCACGAAUUUAUUUUCCAAGCCGUGGAUGAGUUCAAGAAUCCUCGCUGUUUAGGAGGGGACUACUUUGAGGCUGAUCUUUCGGGGGAAGCAUGGAAGUCUCGGCCUGUAAUCAAAGAUUUUGGAAAUGGGUCCUACUCCAUUUCUCUUCAAGUUCAUCCUGAUUUCGCUGGUGAAUACAAGCUUACUGUUAUUUUGCUUUUCCGGCAUUUUGAGGGUCUUAAAUUUUCACCAGCGCGAUUUGUCUAUGAUAAGGAAUUGCGCAAGGUCCAAAUCAGGUUUGUUAAAGCUUAUUAUCAGUUGCCACAAUUACAAUUUUGUGAAAAAUCUGAUUUCAGUAGAGAUCUUUGGGUAGGGAGGUGGACUAGGCAUGGCAGGAAUGAUGAUUGUGAAAUCAGUAAUGAUGGGAGGUAUCGGUGCCUGCAGCCAUAUUUUCCAUGCCAAAGCCCAUGGUGUGAUGGUUCCUUGGGCAUGUUAGAGAGUAAUGGUUGGGUGUAUUCUAGUCACUGUUCCUUUAGACUGUUUUCAGCUGAAUCUGCUUGGAAUUGCCUAAAGGGCAGGUGGAUUUUCUUUUGGGGUGAUUCAAAUCAUGUUGAUACUAUAAGAAAUAUGCUCAAUUUUCUCUUGGGUUUGCCUGAAAUAAAAUCUGUUCCGAGACGGUUUGAUAUGAAUUUUUCAAACCCAAAAGAUGCAUCUCAAUCAGUUCGAAUUACAAGCAUUUUCAAUGGUCAUUGGAAUGAGACGCAGAAUUACCAAGGAUUGAAUUCUUUGAAAGAUGAAGGAUUUAGAAAUUUGUUGAAGAAGUACUUCUUAGAGGACACUGUGCCAGACACUAUAAUCAUGAAUUCUGGUUUGCAUGAUGGCAUAUAUUGGUCUAAUAUCAGACAGUUUUCAGCUGGAGCUGAUUAUGCAGUUUCAUUUUGGAAAGAAGUUAUCGAUUCUGUGAAGCAGAGAGGUUUGCUAAUUCCUCAAAUCAUCUACCGGACCACAAUAGCAACUGGCGGUUAUGCCAGGGCACUAGCGUUUAAUCCGAACAAGAUGGAAGCAUUUAAUUGGAUAAUGUUGGAAAAAUUUAGGAGAUCCCAGCUGCUGUCUGGGGUUAUUGAUAACUUCGAUAUUACUUUUCCAUGGCAUUUUGACAACCGCUGCAACGAUGGGGUACAUUAUGGCAGAGCUCCAGCAAAGAUGAAAUGGAGGGAUGGUGAAAUAGGACACCAGUAUUUUGUGGACCUCAUGUUGGCUCAUGUGCUGCUCAAUGCUUUAUGUGCGAGAUAGCAAAUGAAGUGGCUACAUUGUUAUCUGCUUUUUGAAGCUGCACAGUGCCAGUAGUUGCAGGCAAAGUUGGAAUCUGCCAUUGAUGUGGGUUUAAAAGAGAUCCAAGUGAGUUCCACACGUUUUGUUCUUUCAGUUAGAAUCGGCAUUCUUUAUUUGUUUGUAUUACAUUUUAUAUUUGAUUAUAUUACUAAAAAUGGUUUUCCAUACUUGUAGAUUAUGAGAGGUUCUCCGAUUGAUCAUAUUGUUUUGUACUUAAUGGGAUAUAGCUCUUUUUCUAA